UGCGUUUUUCCAAACUCAACUAGGAAGUCCCUUUAAGGCGCCAAUUUUGUAUCGGUGAAAUUGAAAUUGUCUUGUUGUGUUUUGUCUGGUUUAUGCGAAUUGCUACAAUGACUGAAAACACCUUCCCUGUGUACAGUGCGGAUGCUAUAGUGAACUUUUAUCGAACAGAAGUUCUCACUGGUCAAGAGGCAAAACACUUUACCAAAAGCGACCUGACUCCUUCUCCAAAGCCAGAGGCAGUUCAAACUUUGUACAUGAGAGUGUUGCAUCUCCUGUAUCGCUUCAGACCGGAGUGUCACUCCAUGGUUCCACUUUUGGAGAACAUUCAGUAUCCGGUGUACCAUGAGGGGGCAACUGCUAUCACCAGUGUCUACAUCCGCAUGCUGCAGUUCCUGCCUAUGUGCUUGGUGUAUGACUUUUCACUGAAUGACCUCCUUGCUCCAAAGAAACAGAGGACUCUGACCAUUCUGAGUGCCAUCAUGAACUUUCUUCAUUUCCGGAAGCAGAGGAUGGAAGUGAUCCUGGAGAAGCAGGCCAAAUUUAGGUCAGACAUGGACCGGCUGCAGGCUUACACCAAGGGCAAUUUAGAAGCAGAGAAGAAGAUUGAGAUGCUGAUGAUUAUCCCUCCAGAACAGCAGGCUGAGGCUGACGAGCUGGCAGCUGCUCUCUCUGAGCUGCAGGCCAGCACCAUGCAUGAAUGCCAGGAAGUGAAUGCUAAAAAUGAGAGCAUCGCAGAGUGGAAAAGCAGCAUCGCAGAGAAGACUCAGAAACUGGCCCAGGUAAAGGUGGACCUCAGCAACCUGAAAGAAGACAUCGGCAAACUGAAGUCUCAGAUUGUGGAGUCCCCGGAGGAGCUGAAGAGUCAGAUGGAGAAGAUGAGGGAGAACGUCAAGAAUAUUAAGAAUUCCAUCGAAGAAACAGAUGAGCGUGUGGUGGAGCUGCAGAACAUGGUGCAGGGCGUGACGCACACUGAGGCGGAGAUCCAGCAGAUGUACAACCUGCUGCAGGACCUGGAGAGCAGCAUGAACAACAGCAAACAGCGGCAGGAGGAGCACCAGGAGUUGACGGCUCAAUAUGAGAAGAAGCAGAAAGAGCUCAAGAACCUGUACAUCGAGGAGAACCAGUUGAAGCGAGCUCUGGCCAUGAAGCUGGACAAAGAGUCUAAACAGAACAUCCGCAGGCAGAAGAAGAGAGAGAUGAAGGAGCAGCAUGUUCAAGAUGUGUUGGGGCAGUGUAACCAAAUCCAUCAGAAGCGUGAGGAGAUGGCUGAAAGAAUCCAAGAGAUCUCUGGUGAGACGCAGCAGCUGAAGGCCAAGAUCCAGAGCCUGAGAGACGUCUGCAGCAAAGAGACGGAGAGAGCUCAGGCUCUGUAUGACACCCUGUCCACUUCAAUGGAUGAGCUGCACAGAAGGAUUGAGAUGCACAUUGUGGACCUGAAACGUGAUGUCACCAAGAUGUCCGCAAACUUCUAAACGGAUCAUUUUACAUGUUCGUCAUUGUAUUACUGUGUGCUAUUACUUCUCUGAUAUGUCUGUUUUUACUGUUCUGACCACUUGUUUCCCUUUUCACCUUUUACUAUUUAAAAUACAAAUAAAAAAAACUACUAACUAAUGAAA